CGGAAAGUGCAUAACGUCAAAGAUCGCUGUCAUCGAAUGGGUAUUUCGUUUUUUGUAGCAGCGUGUACCUUCGGUUCCCAUCGCGUCUUUGCGUUGAAUGCGCUGUCGGCAAAGCCUCCAAAAUGAUCCGAAGAAUGAAAGAAGGCACGGUUGAACGAUGCUGACGGCAAAAGGAAAAGACCAGCUGCGUGUAUGUUAGCUUGAAACCACGUCCCACAAUCGCUUGAUCGGUCUGCACCGCUAUUACUAUCGGACCGGCGUUACUAUAUCUAACCGGUGUGUUGAUGCUGGCAUCCGCCACCAGACUUCCAUCGUUCAGCCGCUCUCCGCACAGCCGGACAAAAUUGAUGGCGAUGAAAUCGUCCGGACAGCUGAACAGCUCCACACCGGCCUGGUUCGGUGGUACGAUACUGCUACCGUCUACACCGUGGAGGAAAUUUAGCAAAAAAGAAAAUCAUUUCUCUGACUGUGUCGGAAACGUUCCGCUGGUAACGGUGUUGUUGAACAGUACCUUCCGCUAUGUUUACCAACUGAAAUAUGUUCUCCUUCCCGUUGGCUGUGUCCAUAUUGGCCAGCACGACAUUGCAGAACAGUGGCUGUCGUCGGAUGCAGAUAGCGUAGUUAAGAUUGUUCUGCAAGCAGGUGAGAAAAUGCAAAAAAAUUGUCCAAAAUAUAGUUCGCCAACAAAAAAAUGGGGGACAAAUUAUGUAAACGGUUUUUAAAAUAUUGACAUCAAGUUUUUAACCAGACGCUAUAAAUCAAACCACUGCACACUGCAGCGAAUUGUCAACAUUGCGUUGACAGUUGGAAAACUAAACAAAACAACCACAAACUUGCAAUCCACAAUCAGCGUAUCGGUGUGGGAAAAGAAGGGAUUUGAGGUUUGAAAACGAAAUAUUAAAUCUUGAAGUGGUUACUCCCUUUGAUGCCUGCACCCAUUUGAGCAAUUCUUGCCAUUCACCAUGGUGUCUAGAAGCAGUAUCGUACACGGCACCGUGUGCUAGACGGUUCCCUUAUUCCCACCUUCAACCUUUUCGGCAGCUGGCUGGAGCGCGGGGCGUAGCAAGCUGAAAAUUAAGCCGUAAAGAAGGAAACACAUCAGCCAGCAUGUAGAGUGAGCGGGGGGUUAGCAUCGGACGGAAACUGUAACUGCUGACCUGCGUUAUCUUCACGAGAAAGGCUCUCGGCUGUUUGGAGUUGAACACCGCACUCAGAUACAGACGGUGAUCCUUCAACGAGCGUACACGAACACCCAAACCGGGGAGAGGGGAGAAAACCCGCCAUCCCUGUGCAACUCCUUCCAUUCGGUUUACCAUGGGCUCGGAACAUUCCACGCAGCUCCAGCAGGGUACGGCAGCCGGUGCGGAUGGUGCACUGCGCACCGCUAGCCUACACAGACAUUCGGCCAGCAAUCCGGCAACAUCGUCCGCGUCCGGUCGCUCCGGUGUCGGUGGUGCGGGAUCGACCGGUGGCAAGCUGCAACGGGGCAAUACGAUCGCGGUCACCGGUACGACCCCGAGCGGCGGUGGAAGCGGCAUCCUGGACGAUGGGUACUCCACCUCGUCCGUUACACCGUCGUCGGCGUACAUCUGCGACUCACGGCCCGUUUCGCCACCGAUGAGCGUUUGUUCCGAUUCCGAUCUACCGUACAUAUCAUACACCGAUAAACCGAUUGGUGAUUCACCAAAGCUACGCAACAAGCAGCAAUCCAAGCAGGCAAAAACGCGCCCAAACAGUGCGAUCAUUAUGGGCCGGGCGUCGCAGCAGCAGCACCACCAAUACCAGCAACAUCUUACCCAGAAUCUGGAGGGCCGGGGUAGGGGCGGCAGACCCGGGACGGCCACAGCGGGUGGAGCGCACAGUAUCGUGGUGGUGAAAUCGGCCGCCGUUCGCGACGUUGGCAUUGAGAAGGACGACGACAUUGUCCGUCUUCAGAGUGUACCGAUGUUCUUGCCGGUGAUGCGUGGGACGCUAACGCUGCCGGCCAAUCGCGAUCCGGAAGUGCUGGAACGGCUGCAGCCCACCCAUCUGAUCAACAUGUGCAGCCGGCUGCAGUCGCACUUCAAUACCUGUGCCAUUCACGUCUCCUCCGAGCAGCAGCAGAUAACGAACCGCAUCAAGGAGGUGGAUCAGGAGGUUUCGAGUGCCCUGGCCCAGCUGGUACAGAAGCAGAAGCUCUACACGUCCUACGCGGAAACGUUCUCGAAGGUGCGCCAGAUUUCGCAGCAACUAACGCGCUGCAACGACAUACUGAACCAGAACAUCGAGAGCAUGGAGUAUCUGAACAAUCUGCUGAGCGUGGAGGAUCGGCUCGAGCCGUUCGUGUGGAAAACCGAGUGAGGCGGGUGGUAGGCGCCUCUCCAAACGCAGCCACGGUUCGUUGCGCCGUGCGUGAGUUUUGCUGCGUGCAGCACGUGAUAUAAGUAUUUGCACCAAGCCAGGUGCAAUGGUAGGGCGAGCGUAUGGAAACUCGUGAUGGUUCUAGUCGAAGAAGUGUGUGUGUGUGUGUCUCAUAUAUAGAGAGAGGAGAGGAACACAGGUAGCAGGCCGAGCAGAGUAGUUAUAUGUAAUUGUUGGCGCAAUCAUUAUUGUAGCUUACAUAGUUCAUAGUUGGCCCACAUUCUCAAAAGCCUUUACCAAUUUAACGCAACAGAAGCACACGGUGUAAUGGUGUGUGUGUGUGUUAAAGUUGUAAUUGCUGUACUAGCGUUCUCGUACAAGUAUGGGUCAGAGCCCACCUGCAGUGUAUAUUAAUAAAGGUGACGGCUUCCUAUCGAUCCCCACAUUCCCCCCCCCCG